AUGGCUAGGUCUCACUCUUUAGUUACUUUGACCCUUUUUACAAUCCUCUUUGAAAAUGUCAUGGCUCGCAUCCCCAUUGAUCCAAGAUGGUACGAUGGACAUGCAACUUUUUACGGUGACAUGCAGGGUGGCGAAACUAUGCAAGGAGCAUGUGGUUAUGGAAAUCUCUUCCAACAAGGCUAUGGUCUUGCAACCACAGCACUAAGCACAGCACUAUUCAACGAAGGCUAUACUUGUGGUGCAUGUUUUGAGAUCAAGUGCGUCAACGAUCCUCAAUGGUGUAGAAAAGAUGUGAAUUCAAUCACGGUCACUGCAACAAAUUUUUGUCCUCCCAAUUACUCCAAACCUGAUGGAAAUUGGUGUAAUCCUCCACAAAAACACUUUGAUUUGAGCAUGAAAAUGUUCACCUCUAUCGCAAUCUACCAAGCAGGGAUUAUCCCAGUUCAAUAUCGACGUGUUCCAUGUGUUAAAAGUGGCGGGGUUAGAUUUGAACUUAGAGGAAACCCUUACUUUUUGAUGGUUUUGAUAUACAAUGUUGGAAAUGCAGGUGAUGUUCUACGUGUUAAAAUCAAAGGGUCUAAUACUGACUGGGCUCCCAUGACACAUAACUGGGGACAAGUUUGGCACACUGGAAUAAAUUUAGUCGGACAAGAUUUGACAUUUUGGGUUACUACAAGUGACAGAAAAUCUUUACAGUUUAUUUCUGUUGCUCCUUCCAAUUGGCAAUUUGAACAAACUUACCAGAGCUCGUUAAAUUUUUAG